UAUUGCCCAAGGAGGGAGACUGGAGUGAAGGCCAUUCUGUUUUCCUCCAUUUCUCACUUUCUUAGGAGCCAAACAAAGAAAAUCAACUAGAGACUGUUACUCGUUUAGUUACCGGUCAAGGAGAACGACGAGAGUGGGCUUAGGUUUUCGACAAUGGCGUCGCCGUCGUCUCCGAGUUCUUCAACUUGCAGCUCUUCAUACUCUUCGUCGUCCUCGAUUCCCCACCAUUUCUCGUCUCUCCCUGUAAUGGCUUACCGCGAGAAAAUCAUCGAGAAAGUUACUGAGAAUCGUGUUACUUUGAUUGUCGGAGACACUGGCUGUGGGAAGAGCUCUCAAGUUCCACAGUUUCUAGUGGAUGCGAAUAUGAAGCCUGUUUUGUGCACACAGCCUCGGAGAUUUGCUGUUGUUGCUGUUGCUCAAACGGUUGCAAAGUCACGUAAUUGUGAAGUUGGAGGAGAGGUUGGAUAUCACAUUGGUCACUCAAAGAACUUAUCACCAAGCUCGGAUAUUAUUUUCAAAACUGCUGGAGUAUUGUUGGAGGAAAUCCGAGACAAGGGGGUGAUUGCACUUAACUACAAGGUUAUUAUUCUCGAUGAAGUGCAUGAAAGAUCUGUUGAGUCUGAUCUUGUUCUUGUCUGUGUGAAGCAGUUUCUGAUGAAGAACAAAGACUUGAGGGUAGUGCUGAUGUCAGCAACUGCUGAUAUCACAAGAUAUAGAGAUUACUUCAGGGAUCUUGGUAGGGGUGAACGGGUAGAAGUGCUAGCUAUCCCUAACUCUCACCACAAAACCUUUUAUGAUCGAAGGGUCUUUUAUCUUGAACAGGUAGCUAAAUUACUAGGACAAACUUCAGAGUCAUCCUCUUUGAGUUGGAGAUAUUGUUCUGGUCAACUUCCUUCCAUAUCAAAAGCUGAUAUCAAACCUGAAGUGCAUAGACUUAUUCAUGAUCUGGUGCUGCACAUUCAUGAGAAUGAACCAGACAUUGAAAAGAGCAUUUUGGUUUUCCUUCCAACAUACUAUUCUCUGGAGCAGCAAUGGUUUCUUCUGAAGCAACUUAGCUCAUCUUUUAAAGUACACAUUCUACACAGUAGUGUUGACACUAAACAAGCUCUCAUGGCUAUGAAGAUUUGGAAAUCGCAUCGUAAGGUAAUACUGGCCACGAAUAUUGCUGAAUCAUCUGUGACAAUACCUAAGGUGGCCUUUGUCAUUGAUUCAUGCCGAUCUUUACAAGUAUUUUGGGAUAAUACCAGGAAAAAUGAAUCUGCAGAGCUAACCUGGGUUUCCAAGUCUCAGGCUGACCAGCGUAGAGGUAGAACUGGAAGAACUUGUGACGGCCAGGUUUAUCGGUUGGUAACUGGAUCAUUUUUCAGCCAGUUUGAGGACUAUGAGCCUCCCUCUAUACUGAGGCUGUCUUUGAGGCAGCAAGUGCUUCAAAUUUGCUGUGCUACCUCUAAAGCAAUCAAUGACCCGAAGGUUUUGCUGCAGAGGGCUCUAGAUCCUCCACGCCCAGAGGUUGUUGAGGAUGCGUUAAAUUUGUUAGUUCACAUGCGUACAUUGGAGAAAACAUCUCCAAGGGGUCGGUUUGAACCUACAUUUUAUGGACGAAUGCUUGCAAGCUUUUCUCUGUCCUUUGAUGCUUCUGUUUUAAUACUUAAGUUUGGACACAUCGGGAUGCUGAGGGAAGGCAUUGUUUUGGGUGUAUUGAUGGAUACACAACCCCUACCCAUUCUGCGUCCUUUUGGUGAUGAACUUUUGAGUACAGAGUAUAUGGACUGCUAUUUCGCGGAAGAUAGUAAUAACACUGGCCUAACUGGCAAGAAGGAGAUAAUACUCAUGGGAAAUUUAUGUGCAUUUCAGUUUUGGCAACGGGUGUUCAAGGAUAAGCUACAUGUUGAGCAUUUGAAGCAAAUUUUACAAUUUGAGCCAACCAAAGCUUCUACUUCACUUGCUACCAAGCUUGAAGAAGAAUGGUGCUACCUUCAUAAUCUUGUACAAUCAUCUCUGGAUCAUAUUUCUGAAAUAUAUGAAGAUGUAUUAAGCUCAGUCCACCAGUUUCGGCCCAAGUUUUUGGGUAGCUCCGAAGGCUUGCCUUGCUACUAUGAUCCUAAUGAUUUUGACCAUAGCUGCCUUCUCAUGAGUUGUCAUCCAAAGGUAGAUUCAGAUGCACUUGAGGUGGAUGAUGAGAACUCUACAAAGAAAUGUCUUGCAGUACCCUUUGUUAAUUCUAAUAACUUCAAAAGAAUUGACGUGGCUAAGGAGUUCGCAGCUAUUAUCAAAGAGAUAAAACUUCAGUGGACAGAAGAUAUUGUUGGUUAUGAGAAUACAAAUCAUGGCUCCCUUUACAAUGGUGAGCUGCCUAUGGGUUUAUCCUAUGUCAGUGAAGCCGGCUAUUGGGGCAAUCAAUGGCCAUAUUCUCAUUCACAGCAAGUACCAAGACCUCCAUGCAAAUUUUUCUUUUCCCUCCAGGGAUGUCGAAAUGGAUCGUCAUGUUCAUUUUUCCAUGAUAGGGGUGAGCAAGUAUCGUCACACAGUCCAACUCUCUGCUUACCAGAAGAUGGUAACGCCAAAGCAACAUUCCUUCUUAGAUUGCUUCCUGCAGCAUCUUCUGAUAGAUAUAUUCUAUUAUUGGAUGACACCGAUUUGUUUUUCUCUUCGAAAAUUGCUAGCCACUUCAACCCAUCCAAAAUAUUUGCCACCACAUCUUUGUCACAGGCUUCCAUAUUUGAGCCAAACCUGGAAGAAGUAAAGAUUUUCUGGGGUUUGAUUCACCCGUUCCAAACCAUCAUUUGCAAAGAAGGAGAGAACCCGAUCCCUUGGAGUAAAGUUCAGUGUGUUCUAUGGUUUCCAAACCUUGGCAGUUCUAGUGAAAUGAUGGAACAAGACAGAGUAAUCUUACGGAGCUUUUUCGAAUAUAUGGCCAUUCGUAUACUAGCUGAUGCGUUAAGCGAAGUGAAAGUUAUCCUCACCAUGAAUAAUCUAAGAUUUUCACAACUACAGGUGGAAAAGUUGGGCAGAGAAUGUUUCUUCUUCCUUUCAGAGUCAUUUCGGUUUGAUGAAAGAAGCUUUGGAAAGCUGCCUGAUAAAGUCACUACUAAGAAGCCAAUGGUGAAACCGAAGGCCAUCUCAUACGUUUUCAGGCUGAAGCCCCCUUAUGUUGCUCAAUUUGGUGAUUACACAACCAAAUUUCACCAACUUCUGUCUGAUGUUUAUAGAGUAGACGCUGCCAAGUCCGAGGUGGAGUGAGCUGGGAUGAAAAGAAAAUUACGAUGGAUAUGGUUUUGAACAGUGAAAGCCUGUAUUUUUUUCUGAAUCAAAUUGGAAUUUUAUUAAUUCACUAAAUCUGUAAUGCAAUAGGGACAUCCCUUUUAUUGAAAACUAAAUCAGAAAAAGAACAUGACGCUCUUGUAAAGUUAUGGGCGACUAUAUUAGCCGACCGUUUAAUGAAAAACAAAAGAACAUUGUUAAGCAAAAGAAGAA